AUGGAAGUAGAAACAGCUCCAUCCACAUCAGAAGAAGUAGAUGUUGAAGCCGCUAGACGCAAAUAUGAAGAUCGUCGUCGCAAAAUCAUAGAAGAAGAACAGCGAGAGCGAAAAAACGGAAUGAAUUUAUCCUCUGGUGAAGAUGACAACGUCGAUGAACUCUUUUUGUCGGCUUCUCAGCGAAGAAAAGAGAAGGUUUUCAAUAAAAAGUGAGCGGUAUUUUUAUAAUAAAGAUUUCAGUUGCAUAGAAGGGCAUUGUUGAAGCAGGUGCUGGCGCCAACUUCCGCUCAACAAGAGGAAAUCGAGAGGAAGAGGAGGAAGAAAGAGGUGGACAAGCAGAAUGAAGAGUCGAAGAAGACGUUGCUCGAGAAGCACGCGGAAAUCAAAGAGAUGGAGGAAGGUCUGUUGAGAACUCCAGCAAAAGACAUACCGAGAAAUAAUUUGAGAUAUCGAUGAGGAAGAGAGGCAAAGACGUGAAGAAGAAGAUUUAUUGAACAAAGUGACUCAAACGAGUGGACUUUUGGCCGUGGCAGAAAUGACAAAAGGCGCUCAAUUCGGGAAGUCAAUUGAGACGGGGUUUGUUCAUCGAAUUCUUCUAUGAAAUGCAUUUUAUUACAGAUGGCGACCACCCAAACACAUUCGAAAUCAAUCAGAGCAAGAUUUCUCCAAAUUUCGUAAAAGGCGGGGAAUCACUGUCGACGGCGACAAUCCUCCCCCGCCCAUUGGCAGUUUUUUGGUGAUUUUCUGGUUUUUGUGUGGAUUUGAAAAAAGGAAAUGAAUUCAGGAGAUGAAAUUUCCGCAGUCGAUAAUCAAAGGGCUCAAAAAGAAGGGAAUCAUUGUGCCGACCGCCAUUCAAAUGCAAGGAAUCACUGUAGGGUUGGUGGAACUUCUUCCUGAAAGAAGGAAGGAAUACGUAUGUUGCAGGCUUUCCGGUCGGGACAUGAUCGGAAUCGCUUCGACAGGUUCCGGAAAAACCAUCACUUUCGUCCUUCCUUUGGUGAUGUUCUGUGCCGAACAGGAGUACGCGUUGCCUUUCAAGCGGGGCGAAGGUCCUUUCGCGCUGAUUAUUGUUCCUUCCGUUAGUUUUUGGCUUUUUUUUUAAAUUCCAGAUGUUUCUGGAAAACCUUUUUUUUCUUUAAGCCAGUUUUCUGUCAUAGAGAACAAAGGAUACUUAUGAAAAGUUAUUUGUUGAAGGAGAAUGAUAUGGGGUUACGAAUCAGGGAUUUAUUUUUUCGUAUGCGUAAAAAUUCGAAAGUUUCAAAAUUAUCGUAACUGUAGAGAGAACUGGCGCGGCAGAUCUACGAAGUGAUCGUCGAAAUGUUCGAGGCUCUGAGGGAAGGCGGCGCCCCGCAUCUUCGGGCCGGCCUCUGCAUCGGCGGGAUUCCCAUCAGCGAGCAAACGCGCGAUUUCAGAGAGUUUGGUCGUUUCUUUCUUUUCUUCCUGACUGAAACCAGUUCAGCGGAAUCCACGCCUGCGUUGCCACUCCGGGGCGUCUCUCCGACCUUCUGACGAAAAAGAUUCUCAAUCUGGAAGUUUGUCGGUAUCUGGUGCUCGACGAAGCCGACAGAAUGCUGGACAUGGGCUUCGAAGAGGAGAUCAAGUCCAUCUUCUACUUUUUCAAAGUUUUCCAAAGAAAAAACUUCACGUUUCACUGCCUUUUUCAGGCCCAACGUCAAACAUUGCUUUUCUCGGCGACGAUGCCCAAAAAGAUCCAGGACUUUGCCAAGUCGGCUCUCGUCAAGCCUAUUGUCAGUUUUCGUUGGAAAGUUUGAAGUUUCUUUCUUCUCCAGGUCGUGAACGUCGGACGAGCUGGAGCUGCUUCGCUCAACGUCCUUCAGGAGAUCGAGUACGUCAGGUCGGAGAACAAGCUGACGAGAAUCCUCGAAUGUCUUCUGAAGACGGCUCCGAAGUGAGCUUUUGAAAACAAUACUUGAGAAAACAAAGAAAAUUGUAGGGUUCUAAUUUUUGCUGAAAAGAAAAUCGACGUCGACAAUAUUUACGAGUAUUUGUUGGUCAAAGGAAUCGAGGUCGCGUCGAUUCACGGUGGAAAAGGUUUGUUAAUGAUGUGAGAAGAUAUCUUAAAAGCUGAAAUUUCCUGGAAAGUUUAUCAAACACUCUGUAGAUGUUCAAAGGAAGGUUUCAUAUAGUUUCAACCUGCGAAAGCUUUUCAUUUUUGAAAAUACGGGUUUUUGAAUUUUGCGUUUAACAGAAUGUGCGUGAAGCCAAAAAAGGCAGUUCUGAAAUUUUCUAUCUCUAAAGCUGAGAGAUUGGGCAGGUAGCGACUGUGAAGAAUAUUUGACUAGAAAGUUUUUCAGAAAGUUCAACCGCAAAGAAAAAUUAUCUCAAUUGUAAGGUUAUUAUAAUUCACGAAAUUAUCAAAUAGAAAAACAGAGAGCUUAAUUGAAAGAUUCUUUUUCUUUCCUUUGGUGUAGUCUAACGAUCGCUCGGUCCUGAAAAAAAAAGAUUCAACUAUAUCUUUACCCAAAUUUCAAAAAUAUAUUUUUUUCUUAGAUUUGAUGCAAUUUUUUUCAGAUCAAAACGACCGACACGCAGGAAUCGACGCCUUUAGGAAAAAUGAAAAAGACGUUCUUGUGGCGACGGACGUCGCCUCGAAAGGUCUCGAUUUCCAGGUACCGACAGAUUUUGCCCGACUUUUUCAAAACAUCCCAAUUUUAGGGUAUCGAACACGUCAUCAAUUUUGACAUGCCUGAAGACAUUGAAAAAUUAUGGCGAGUUUUUGUUGUUUCGAGAUAUUUUUUUAAUUUUUUUUCUUCUGUUUUCAAUAUCUAUUCGUUAGAAAUUUCCAUGAUUUUUUUUCCAGUGCAUCGUAUCGGUCGUACUGGUCGAUCCGGUAAAAAAGGUCUCGCCACGACUUUUAUCAACAAGAAAGCAGGUGGGAUUUCUUGAGUUAAAAUUGAUCUAAAAAAUUCAAAUUUUUUGUGCGGAUAUAUCGCGAAUCAAAAAUUCAAAAAGUGGAUACACGCCAACUUGAGAGCUUUCGCUCUCAUUCGAACUGACCUGGCCCGCAAUUUUCCAUACGCAACAGACUUGAAACGGCUUACGCACAGCUACCUACAAUUUGAUUAGAAAAAGUUGCUAAAAUCCAAGUCUUAUAUUGCUACCGCGAGUAUUUGAGAUAUUCCAAACACAGUUGUGUGCAACAUUUUUCGACGCACAAUAUUUUGUCACAAAAGAUUGUUUUCAGAGUUGUCGGUGCUCAGCGAUCUCAAGCAGUUGCUGGUGGAGGCCGGCCAAGAACUGCCCGACUUCCUCAAGGAGAUCGCCGGCGAAAGCGCCGAGGCGCCUUCUGGCAAGCUCGAGAAGGUCCUUUUUACGUUCAUUCUAUUUUUUCUUCUCGAAAAAAAAAAUACUUCCUCAUGUUUUAACUGAUAAGUUCAUCAAAGUUCUUGCACGUAGUUUCAUUUUACAAUAGGCCUCAAAGUUAAAAAAAAUUAUUUCCUAGAUUCACUUUAAAAAAAAAGAAAGAAGUUGUUGAAAGGCGAAUGAAAAACAAAAACGAGGGGUUUUUCAAACAGAAAGAUUUAUUGAACUGAAAAAAAUACUUGAUUUUUUUGCUCACCUCCUUUCUCGAAAGCUGAUAAGAGUUCAAUUUUAUUUUUUUCUCAUAUGUCCAAUUUCUUUGAAAAACGAGCUUUUUCAGGGCUGCGCGUAUUGUUCCGGACUCGGUCACAGAAUCACGGACUGUCCCAAAUUGGCCGGAAUCGCCAACAAGGUUUGUUAUUGCUUUUUUUCUAUUUUUAGGUCUGUAAUUUGAUGUAAUAAUAUUUUAAAUGCUUUCAAAAACGCCGAUUAGAUCUUUUUGACUUCGCAUAAAAUCUCAAUGACCAAAUAAAGUUCUGAAAACAUGGAAUUGCUUUUAUAUAAAAUGUUCGCAAGCGCUAUUUUUCAGACUACCCAGGCGAUCGCCCGCGGUGGCGGAGACGACGGUGGAUUUUAA